AUGACCCUGCGAAAUUUCUCCACGCCCAGUGGAUCCACCACUCCCGAAGAAACGCCUACACAGGAAACCGAAACUUCUACAGAUAAAAUUGAGAACCAGUAUUCGGGUUUUCGGAUACGGAAGGUACCCAUUGCUAAACCGGAUGGCGACAGGCGAGCGGCCCGGGAACGGUACGCUGGAAGUACACCGAUGGUUUUUCGGUCCCCAGAACUCACCGGGGUCGACAAAGUAGCGGAUCUGGGAAGACGAAGCAUGCUUCCUGGGGUCUUUAAAGCAGCAGAGGAAUUGGUGCGAGGGGGAUAUGUACCGGAUACAAAGCUCUAUGCUGUCUUAAUUGAGGCUUGUGGGAAUUUCCAAGGAUGCUUAUUACAGCCUCUAGCGUUCCGGCUUUUCGAAGAGAUGAAAGCGAGAGGGCUACAAGUGAACUCGGAGAUCUACCAUUCUCUCCUGAAGCUCCUGGCCAAAUCACCAGACUACCUCAAGCGGUCAGAAGUCCUAAGUGAGAUGAAACAAGGAUGGUACGAAGUGACAGAAGGCGGCUGGGAAGACGUAAUUGCAGGAUAUAUCUUGGGUGGGCAACUGGAGAUGGCGCUGGAGAUUCUUGAUAGGCGGCGAAGGGAGGGUCGGACUCUACAUCGGAAUAUUUACAAAGACGUAAUCACGGGUCUUUGUAAAGUUGGAGAGGUUGACGAAGCAUUGCGCUUGCUCCGAGAACUGGAGGCAGAAAUCUCUUGGGUUACGCCCCCGGCGUUAGCAUACACUCUUCUGGCAGCUGCUACAAACCAGCUUCAUCUAGAAGCCACUUUGUUCUGCUGGAGGAUGAUUAUUGACAAAGAAAUGUUCAACCCCGAUGAUGGGCUUUGUUUGUCCACACUCAAUGUUGCAGCUAGACAUGGCCAGCCCCAAUUGGCGUCAGACGUUUUUAGGGUACUCUGGAACCGCAGCUUCAAGUAUGAGGAACAUCAUUAUGCUGCUCUUUUGGAAUCAUACGCUGUUGCUGGCGACCUAACGGCUGCAUUAUCGAUUCUGCCUCUUAUGCGGCAGGCAGGUGUUCCGCCAGUUGAGAAUACGGCCCAGCCAAUCACAAAACGUCUUUGCGACGACGCUUCUAUCCAAGAAGGCCUUAAUCUCUUAAAACAAAUGAAAAAAUCCGGUAAGGAUGUUGACCUCGCAGCGAUUCAUGCUCUGAUAGCUGCACACAUCGUCCGUCGCGAUAUCGACGCGGCGUUUGAAGUAUACAAAGAAUUGCCCGAGUUCGAUCUGCGGCCCGAUAUAAACACAUUCAAUCUCCUCUUGAAGAUUGCUGCGAAAGAGGCCAGGAAGGACUUCGCAGUUAAUCUCGUUGGCGAGAUGAAGGAGAUGAGGAUUGAACCAGACGUGGAAACCUAUGAGCACCUUUUCUAUGUGUCUCUGGCACAGGACAACUACGAGGAUGCGUUCAUCUAUUUAGAAGAACUGAAAGCAACAUGGAAACACGUACGACCGAGUUUGUACAAAGCCCUGGCUACCAAGUGCUACUUGGCGGGGGAUAAUAAUAGGUAUCACAUAGCAGUGAGAGAGCUACGAGCAAUGGGUAUACGACCAGCGGGCUUUAUAAGGAAGUUGAGGGAAGCUCACAGUAAACCGUCGAACUAG